AUCAAGAAACAAUUUUCGGCCAGUGCAACAUGCUACAUUUUGCCCUCGAAACAAGGAAAGGCUUACAAGUUGUAGAAUAACGAUGUUUUUCUUUAAGAAAAUAAGACUGUUUUUAAGCGAUAUGCAGCAUUCUACAUUAAGUAUAUUAUCUCUCAUCAUAACAAAUAGUAUUUUAGUUCAAUGUUGUAGAUUGGGGGUAACGAGGAUUCACUUAAAUCGCCGAAUAAAAUAUCUGAACUGACAUCACCAUAGUAUUGGGCACGCUCUGAUAAGUUUUUUCAAUACUGCUUUUGUUGUUUUUUUUUUUAAUGUUUCCACGCACAGGAAAGCAAACGAGUUAUUAAAGCAUGCUUUGCACUAAUCCUUGUGUCUGUUCCUGUAAUUUCAAGACUGUUAAGCUGUCUGAAACGCUAGGACAAUUAAAAACCAGCAAACUAAAGGAGAGCGAACGUUACGAAGCUGACAGAGAUUUGCUGUUAUGCAGUGCAAAUAAACUACACAAUACUAAGUGGAAGCUUCAUGUCGCCCGCUGUAUGUUAAUUUGCGCUGUGCUUGAACUGAACGCUUUGCCAUCAGUUUGUCUUUCUGGGAAGUCAAAUUGCGAAAAAGCGCUUAAACAUCCUUGUUUUCAACCCGUUUUGUCUCUUCAUCACGCCUUCUUCCUUUGUUGCUAAUCACUUUGAGAAUAAUGUCAUUCCAGCAGCCAAAGUGUCGCAAUUAUGUCAGCCUAACAGUUCUGUAUUACACAAGACUAAUAAGUCAACACUUUCAGAGUUUAACGACCAACUGAGUCUUGCAAGAUUACAUCUCAUUUCCGCUUAAUUAAGAUAACUUCUAAACGACAGUACUGUGAAGUGCUCUUUGUUGUAAAGCUCUCCAUCCAGCCGCAAAAUGACCGCUGUCUCGCAAAUCAGCAUGUAAAAAUAUUUUAGCCAACAUCUUAACGGUGUGUGAGCACGAUUUCAUCGCUUUAGUGAGCACAGUAAUCGAUCCAGCUUUAUCAAGCACCAUAAUCGGAAAGAACACUUUUUAUUUAUGGUUGUUGAGUUUGCCAAAACUAAACAAAUAUUGGUUUUUUUUCCGGAACACUUAUCGCAUAUUUUUAGCAGGUUAUUUCGGAGUAAGUGUACGGAAUAUAUAAAUUCCUGCGUGGCAUCAGCAGUAGCAGACUGCACUGUGGCUUAUGUCGGGCGUGCACGUGAACAAUAUAGGGGGCGGCUAUAAAAUCACAAAUGAACCACUUGGAUACUUCAGUAAUCAGUGCUACAUUCAGCAACCACACCGGCGGCCCAACGAUUAACCCUGUCGAAUGACAAGCAGAGUGAACUAGUGCCAAGGAUUCCCGCAGAGAUCUCCAAUGAAUUCGUUCAACUUCAUUUUACUUUUAGUGUGCUUCACACCAGCAUCUCUUCAAAACGGAGCCGAGCUUACCCAUUUGCAAAACGAUUUAUUGAACUUGUUAGAAAUUAAAGAAAAGCCGAGCGUGUCAAGAAGCAGGUCUCAAGUGCCUAAAUAUGUCAUGGACCUCUACAAGGAGCAAGCUCAUCCGAGUAGUUAUUCAAAGUUUCGCAAGUCAGCUCCUGGUAAAACGAUAAGAACUUUCUUUCGAGAUCCGAAAGUCGGCCGUGCAGACGAGCGACAUUUCUACUUCAACUUAUCCUCGCUUCAACCGGACGAACUAAUAAAGAAAGCGGAGCUCAGGGUAUUUAAAAGACGUUCUAAGCUGGACAACACACACGGCCAUUUCAAGGUGACAGUGUAUCGUUUGAACCGUCGACCUGUUGAAGGAAGCAACAGUUGGAAGCGAAAGCUAACUACAGUCGAUACCAGAUUUGUCAAAUGUCGUCGAGUUGGCGCCUGGAUCGUUUUAAAUGUUACCUCCGCGGUAACGUUUUGGAGUUCUUGGCCCUCGCGAAACUUCGGCCUGUGGAUCACUGUGGUCGGGUUUGGAAUUCCGACUUCGGAUUUCGACAUUGCAAGUGGCGGUAGAAAAGAACCUAUCUUGGUUAUUUACGGUGAUACCAAGGAGAAAAAGCAAGGCAAAUCACUGAAAUCUGUCAAUGAGAUUCCAAACGAAACACGGGACAUCGGCGACCAACACACAAAACGAAAGGGAACAAACAAGGACGAUAGUCCCUUUUCAAAUACAAGAAGCCGAAGAUCAGUAGAUGAUGACAAGUGUGCAAGACGCAAACUGUUUGUGAAGUUUCGUGACUUAAGUUGGGACAAAUGGAUUAUAGCGCCUCGAGGAUUCAGCGCUUUUUACUGCAUGGGUAGAUGUCCAGAAAUCAUUGACAAGGUCUACAAUCCAUCGAACCACGCCAUCAUACAAAGCCUGCUUCAUCACCGCCAUAAUAAAGACAUCCCAGCCGCUUGCUGCGUACCAACGAGUUUACACUCUAUGAGCUUGAUGUACUUUGAAUUAGAUGGCAGCAUUGUACUCAAAGAAUACUCCGGCAUGGUGGCGUCAACGUGUGGAUGCCGUUAAAACAGUAGAGCAAAAUCAGGCCCGAAAUUUCCAGUACAUUAAAAUGAAAACAUAGAGAACAAAUUAAGUGUCAAAGAACAUAUUUAUAUUGAUAAAUGGUGUUUAGCACCCUAAUACGAUAUUGGAAGAUAUAGUGAAUAAAUUUGAGUAGAGUCUUAAGCGACCCCAGGCAGGUUCGCAGCUGUGGAGCAAGAUAUAGUUUGACUAUUUUCAUUCCACUUAUACUACUCGCUUGUAGCACACGCUAGCUAAUGGCGCGUUUAUAAUACGCUUAAAUGAAUUCUUCAAUUUCUGAAAAGCGUUCAGUUGUUGAAUAGUAUAAGAGAGGCUAUAAAUGGCACAGUCCACGCCAUUAUGACCAAUAAACAGCCUCAAUCGCCUCCUUCUGUUCAAAGACAAUUUUAUUUAUUUCCGGCGAGGCACUAUGCCGCCGUCUAUUUCGCGAGAAAUUUGCAUGAAUUUCAGACUUGAUAUAUCACGCUUGUGUAAGCAUGAAUUCAAUAAAUUUAGAUGCGCAAAACUU